AUGGCAAUGCAGGCGCCGCUUGCCAACGACAAGAAGCGAGUAAAAGUUUAUGAGCUGCGCGACAAUGACUGGUUUGAUAGAGGGACUGGUUUUUGCACAGGUCAAGUCAUUAAUGAUGAACCGCGCAUCUACGUCGAGUCCGAAGACCAGCCCGAUCGCAUGCUAUUAGAGACUCGGAUUGUUAAAGACGAUGGAUAUCAGAAGCAACAAGACACACUCAUUGUGUGGACCGAGACCAAUGGCACCGAUAUGGCCCUCAGUUUCCAGGAGGCGGAAGGUUGUGCAGUGAUAUGGGAUUUUGUACACCAAGUCCAGCAGCAGUUGUUAUCCCUUCCUGAUGACGGUCUUUCGGACGAUGCCCUUGAAAAUAUCUCCAGCUCCUUCACCCUCAAUCCACCCGAGUUGAACAAUCUGGACGAGAUCGAACAAAGUAUAAGACACGCGAGCAUAACCCAGGGCGGGCGCGAAGCUCUGGCCAAGUUUUUGAUCCGCGAAGAGUAUCUACUCAAAUUAAUACCACUGGUGGAAAUGGCGGAGGACCUCGAAAGUCUACCGGAUCUCCAUCGACUGUGCAAUAUCAUGAAAGCCCUGAUUCUGAUGAAUGAUAACACCAUCAUCGAGCAUUUGGUCACGGACGACAUCAUCAUUGGAGUCGUCGGAGCACUCGAGUACGAUCCUGACUUUCCCACGCACAAAGCCAACCAUAGACAAUAUCUAUCGGAUGAAUCAAGAUAUAAAGAGGUGGUGGAAAUCAAAGACCAAAACAUCAAGCGGAAAAUCCGGCAAACAUGGCGGCUGCAGUACCUGAAGGACGUGGUACUGGCUCGCAUCCUGGACGAUCCCACCUUUGGAGUUUUGAAUUCCCUCAUCUUCUUUAAUCAGGUCGACAUUGUCCAACAUCUCCAAGGCAACACUGCUUUCCUGAAAGAGCUUUUUGCCAUUUUCAGCAAUGACAAUCCAGAUAUCAAGCGGAAAGAACAGGCGGUGCAUUUCUUGCAGCAAUGCGCUGCAAUUGCGAAGACCCUCCAGAUGCAGUCGAGAGCAAAUCUUUUGAACAACUUCAUCGCACACGGCCUCUUUUCAGUCAUCACUUUCGCGGUAAAGCAUCCGGAGCCGUCAAUGAGAACGACUGGCAUUGACAUCCUUGUGGCGCUUCUCGACCACGACCCUAAUAUGAUGCGAGGUUAUAUGCUCAAGGCUGUAUCCGAAAGAAAGGUCCCACUGACCGACACACUGAUCGACUUGCUGCAUGCUGAAACGGAUCUCGGGGUGAAAAACCAACUGGCUGACGCGAUCAAGAUCUUGCUGGAUCCGCAACCCCCUUCCAACGACCCUAUGGGCAACCGGCAAAACUCCGAAUUCAUGACGAAACUCUCGAGGCCGCAGAUGACUCCAAUUCAGCAAGCGAAUGAGCAGUUUGCGCAGGAUAACUUUGACCGAUCGUGCCGAAAGUUGUUCCAACCACUGAAAGAGCUCGAAUCUAGGGACUCGAUGCUGAAUUUUGGCUACCAAGAAGUGUCGCUGUUCUCAUACUUGGUAGAGAUAUUGACGUUCUUUGUGCGACAACAUUCCAUGAGAAGUCGGCCUUUUGUCCUGUCUGAGAAUCUGGCGCCGAGAGUAGCUCAGCUGUUGCAGGUGCCCCAGAAACCGCUGAAACUGACGGCAUUGAAGUUUUUCAGGACAGCAGUCUCAUUACAAGAUCAAUUUUAUGCCGCACAGAUCAUCAAAAGUGGAGCCUUCGACGCCAUUCUUGGAAUUGUCAUCGACACUAUGCCGCGGGAUAAUCUCCUCAAUUCAGCAUGCCUGGAAAUGUUCGAGUUUAUCCGAAAGGAGACCAUAAAGCCGAUCGUUAUCCAUCUUGGGGAGCAUUAUCGGCAAAAGAUUCAGGACAUUACUUAUGUCGACACAUUUGAGAAUCUUCUCAAAAGGUACGAGCAGUUGACGACCGACCACCCGGAGCCAGAACAUACGUUGUUUAGUCAGGACGAUGCAACGCCGCCUAUGGGUCGGACACAUAUCAAUGGUCGGUGGCAAGGUCUACCAGAAAUGGAUGCGAGCGAAGAGGACUAUUUCAACGCCUCCGAUGAUGAAGAGGAUGAAGCGGAGGAAGAUUCUGAACGCGACAAUAUAAAGGACGUGUCGGAAAGGGUGAACCAGUGGACCCGUAAACGGAUCAAGGCUGAAAUGAUGAAUGGGAGCGCCAGUCCGAUCAGCAAGCCGCUUGUAGAUUAUCCUGAUGAUGAUGAGGACGAAGCAAUGGAUGCCAAGACUGAUGCGACACCCAACACUCCACUAACCCCAGACAGCAGUAAGGACGUUUCUUCUCCCGAAGCAAGAGCAACACCCGAAAAGAAGCUGCAGCCGUCACCGGAGAUUAAGUCCAUUGCCGAAAGUGAAUCACAACAACCUCCGGAAAGGAUGACGGAGAAACGAAGACGGCAAGAAGAUGACGAUGAUGAUGAACUCGGCAAGCUUUCUGGUGGUCCUAAACGCAGAAAUUCAGCUUCCAGUACUUCCAGUCAUUCGUCCCAAGGCACAUUACGGCGGAAAAAGGGCUUCUUGCGAUCGAAGCAAGCAGGCGGCGAGAGUUCUCCAAUGUCGACAGGUAACACGGAGAGCGAGAAUCACGUCGACGGCCGAAGACCUCGGAAAAUCGCCAUCAGUCUCUCCAAUGUGACCAACAAAUCGGACGAUACACCUGCCACGAAGACGGACAUCAAGCUCCAAAACAAACAGCAGUCAGUGACGACCAAGGAGUAG